AAAGAGCUAGAGAGAGCUAGAGCAGAGGGAGGCGUACACACACGCUCAGCUUCUGUCGACGUGAAAAACGGUCGAGACUUUGACGAGGCGCCAUGGCGGAGGCUCACCAGGCCGUGGCCUUUCAGUUUGCCAUCACAGACGAGGGAAUAUCCCUCCAUUUCGACAGGGAGGCCGUCAAGAGCGCCCUCCGCUCCUACUUCAGGGGCCACGGGAAGAAGAUACUGAGACUUCGGGCGGCCAUUUACAGCGGGGUGUUCCCUGCUUCCCCCGUCUCUCUGGUAGUGAUACUGGCUCUGGUGACGGGACUCUGGCUGGCCGGUUACGACCUCAGUCUGGGCGUAUUUCCCGCGCUUCUCUCUCUUGCGAGAUGGAUUGGCUACAGUGGCACCUACCUUACCAUCAUCUUUCUCCUCUCCUACUCCAUUUUUCUCUGGACCCUCUUCUCCUAUCUUCAGCAGUUCACUCUCAAACUACUCCUCAUGUACAAAGGCUUCAUGUUUGAGCCGAGAGGGAAGCCAUCUCUGGUAACGCAGCUGUGGUUCAAGUCGGUUCAGAUUGUAACGGGGCGCCAACGACCCCAGCUCUAUAGCUACCAGAGGUCGUUGCCACGACUACCAGUCCCCAGACUCAAAGACACCUGCAGAAGAUACCUCCAGAGUGCCAGAGCUCUACUGAAUGACGACGAAUACAGAGAAAUGGAAGGACUCGUCAAAGAUUUUCAGGAAGGACCAGGUAAGAAGAUGAACGCCUAUCUCUACCUAAAGUCCUGGUGGGCUAACAACUACGUGAGUAAAUAUCGAGUCACAUGACUCUCACAUGAUGUCACGUGAUCUCUCGCAGGUCACUGAUUGGUGGGAGCAGUAUGUCUAUCUGCAUGGCAGGUCUUCCAUCAUGAUCAACAGCAACUACUAUGCCUGUGACAACAGUGGGUUCAGCUUGACGAGUCUCCCGGCAGCCAGGGCCGGUCUUAUCUGCCACAUCCAGGCCCGACUGAAAGAUAAGAUUGAGACGGAGCGUCUGGCUCCGCUGGUCAGCAACGGGAUCCCUCUAUGCUCGGCUCAGUUCGAGAGGACCUUUGGUACCACCAGGAUUCCCGGAAUUGAAGCUGACAAGCUGGUGCACAGGCCCGGAGCGGCGUCCAACCACGUGGUGGUGUACAAGUCAGGCCGCUGGUACUGCAUCAGUCUCUACCACAAGAAGAAGCUACUGACUCCUGUAGAUCUGGAGUGGUCAGAUUCUCCCUCUUUCCUUCUCUUUGUUCACACCUGUUUUUUUUCAUUUUUCCAUGCUCCCAUAUUCAUUCCAAUGCUUUAAUUCCCAUGUCUUGUUCCUAUAUUUUUCACAUUCACAUUCACUCAUCCCAGUUCCCAUUCUCCCAUUUUAUGUUCCUAUAUUUCCAUUCCAAUUCUUGUUCCCAUGUUUGCUAUCCCAUUCUCCCAUGUUUCUGUUCCCAUACUUCCAUUCCCAUUCUCCCAUGAUUUGGUACUGGAACAGGACCAUGGAGCAGAUCAUGGAGGACAGUGACGCGGAACUGAGACCAGGAGAGGAGCACCUGGCUGCCCUGACAGCUGCCGAUCGCAAGUCGUGGGCUGAAAUGAGGGAAAAGUACUUCAUGACUGGAGUCAAUAGGACCAGUAUGGAGAUAUUGGAGAAGGCAGCAUUUAUGAUUAUGUUCGACGAUCUGGAGCCAUCUUUGUAUGUUGAGAACGGAGACAAUACGGCUCUUACGCAAUACUGCAAGAGUCUUUUCCAUGGCAACGGGUACACACGCUGGUUCGACAAAUCAGUAUCAGUGAUCAUCUACAAGAAUGGAAAGCUGGGGAUUAAUGCUGAGCACUGUUGGGCCGAUGCUCCGAUCGUAGGCUACAAUUUAGAGCACAGCUGCACCUUGGAGCAUACCAUCGGUUACCGUGGCGACGGUCACAACAAGGGGGAGGUUCAAUAUUCGGUCAAACCUCGAAGACUAGAGUGGGAUCUUCCACCCGAGGCUGUGUCUAGAAUCGAGGUUGAACUAGCCACAGCCCAGGCCAGCAUCGCCAAUCUUGAUCUCUACGUCCUACACCACGACAUGUUCGGGAAGGGGGUCAUCAAGAGGAUGGGUAUCAGUCCAGACGGUUUCAUUCAGAUGGCUCUUCAACUAGCUUACUACAAGGAUACUGGCGGGAGUUUCUGUCUGACGUACGAGGCCUCCAUGACGAUGCUGUUCUUGGAAGGUAGGACCGAGACAGUGCGGCCCGUUACCGUGGAGUCCACCACAUUCAUACGAGCCAUGUGCAACCCCGACUCUGACGACAAAGAGCGUAAGCAGCUGCUACAGAAGGCGGUGGACAAGCACUCGCUCCUCUACAAGCUGGCGAUGGCAGGGAAGGGCAUGGACCGACACCUGUUCUGUCUGUACGUCAUAUCAAAGUACCUCAAGAUUGAGAGUCCGUUCCUGGCCAAGGUCCUCGGGGAACCAUGGCGACUAUCUACCAGUCAGACGCCAGCUCAGCAGACAGGUAAGCUGGACUACAACAACAACCCCGAACUCAUCAGUCCUGGAGGAGGCUUUGGACCUGUGACUGAGAAGGGAUAUGGGGUGUCUUACAUCAUCCAAGGAGAUUAUCACAUUUACUUCCACGUCUCGAGCUUCAAGAGUGCCCUAAACACAGAUUCUGCGAGAUUUGCAAACCUAAUAAAGGAGAGCAUGAGUGAUAUGAGGGAGCUAUUUUUAGACUCCCUCCAAAAAUAACUCAUUAAACAUUACAUCAGGUUACAUUACUAUUAAUUUUUUUCCUUGUCAUAUUGUCACUCAGCGAGCUAUAUUUUUCUGUCAAGUCUACAGUAUUAUUUAGUUGUUUAUUGUUACUUUGAACAAACAGCAUUAUAACUUGAACUAUACCAUUAUAAUGGUUAAAACUGGCUCAAUUUAAAAUUGUCAAUUUAGUAAAAACGGUGUUUGUUGAUUAUUUACAAAACGGUCUCUUUAUGUCCACUUUCAAGUUGAUUUUCUUUUUUGUCCGAACAUCUUUCUUUGUCUAAACUGUUCAUCGCUUCCAUCCGUACGACGGGUUUGUCCAGAUCUCCACACCGAUAGGCCCCUCCCCUCUUCGGACUCUUUGACGACCCGGGGCUCUCUGGAACCGAUGACAUCACUUCCUGUAUAUCUAACCCACUUCCUGCCACGCCCUCUUUCUCCCCCAACGAGUACAGCGUUCUU